ACAACGCUACAAAGGCCGACAAGAUGAAGAUGCUGGCCUCCUGCUUCAUGAAACGCUUCACGUUGUUAAUGCUCAUAGCGAUCCCGCAAUGUACAGCCCAGAGAAGAUCAAGACGCUGUCGGGAGCCUACAAACCGUAAAAUGAAUAUUGAAGACCGUCUCCGUGACAGUUUUUACCAAGUCCCCCCUCUCCUCCACACUGUCGCCAAUCUCUCAACAAUCCCGGAACAGUUCGUCAGAAUAAGACACACGAUUUUCGCCGGAGAGCCCCAGUGUCCGACGUGGGAGGAGGCGGUGCGACAUCAUGAGGGGAGGGUCUGCCCCUUCCACUACGUGUUGAACUACGACGAGAACAGAAAACCAGACACCAUGGUCGAGACUCAGUGCAAUUGUGGUGAAUGUCUGAGACCAGACAAUGGCCCCUCCAACCUGAUGGACUGUCAGCCGAUAAUAUAUUACACCAAGGUGUUCCGGCGGACCGCGUGCGUGGAGGGAGUGUAUCGGUACGCCGCCAUCUGGGAGCCGCUCAACAUCGGAUGUCAGUGUGCGCAUGCGCCCAGUCGCUUUACAGACAACUCACUAGCAAGAUCUCUACCCUAGACGCUCUAGGACUUGAACUGACAAGAUCUCCACCUUAGCCUCCCUUGAACAUGAAUUAACAUUUGAACUACCUGCAAAAUGUGUAAGGUUGUGAUACAUAUUGAAAGCGUAAUCUUUUGACUGAAUUACGUUUUUACUUUUUCAAAUCAUCUACACAUAUACAUACGUACGAUAUCUCAUAUCUUUAAUUUAUCAAUAUCUCCUGUUUGUGACAUCCUGAUUAUUAAGGACUAUCUUCUCAGGUGCUAUGGUUCUUCUUGUAUUGCUGUAUUCGAUAUCAGUGAGUGAGUGAGUGAGUAUGGUCUUACGCCGCUUUUGGCAAUAUUCCAGCAAUAUCACGUCGAGGGACUCCAGACAUAGGUUUCACACACUGCACCCAUGUGGGGAAACGAACCCGGGACUUCGGCGUGACCAGAGAAUGCUUCAAGCACUGGCUACCCCAACGCCCCUACUCGAUAUCAAUUCAAGGUCACAAAAUAUACAUGUACCAACGUUAAC